AUGCCAAGGAACAUCAUCAUCGCCGCAGCCACAUUGCUGGGGCUCGCCUCAGGCGCCUUGGUUGCUGAUAACACUACCUCUGAUUGCACCUUCAGUGGCCCGGACGGGUAUCUCCAGAUCAGCCAGGCUAAGAAGUCGUGUUCCAACAUUGUUCUGGACAGCCUCGAGAUUCCUGGAGGGGUAACUCUGAACCUCGAGAAGCUCAACGACGGCACAACUGUCACCUUUCAGGGUCGCACUACUUGGGCCUACGCCGAAUGGGAAGGGUCGCUCUUUUCAAUUUCUGGCAACAACAUCACGGUCAAGGGCGCACCCGGCCAUGUUCUCGAUGGCCAAGGAGCCCUCUGGUGGGAUGGCCUAGGUGGCGGCGGCGGCGUGACGAAGCCAAAAUUCUUCAAGGCGAAUAAUCUCAACGACUCAGUCCUUGACAGCAUUAACAUUCAGAACGCCCCCAAGAACUUCUUUAGCAUCAACUACGUGAACAAUCUCUUGGUGAAGGACGUCAUUUGCAACAAUACUGCCGGUGACGAGCUCAACGCCGAUGGGCGCACGCUGGGCCACAACACGGAUGCCUUCAACAUCAACAACGCAGUCGGCGUGAUCAUCCAGAAUGCGAGGGUGUGGAACCAGGAUGACUGUGUCGCGGUGAACUCGGGCCAGGAUGUCUUGUUCAAGGACGCGCUCUGCCACGGCGGCCACGGCUGUUCUAUAGGGUCGGUGGGGGGCAGAUCCAACAACAUUGUGAACAACAUCACGUUCGAGAACGUCCUUUUCGAGAACUCUCAGCAAUCCGUCAGAAUUAAAACCAUUGCCAACGAAACAGGGAGCGUAUCAGACAUUACCUACCGCAAUAUUGUCAUCGACAGCACGGCUGACAACGCCGACUACGGCAUUAUCGUGUCCCAGUCGUACAAUGGUGUCAAGGGCCAACCAACAAAUGGCGUUUCAAUCAAGAACUUUGUUCUCCAGAACGUCACGGGCACGGUUUACAAAGAUGCAGUCAAUACCUACAUUGAGUGCGGCGAGGGUAGCUGCACCGACUGGACGUGGACCGAUGUCAAGGUGACCGGCGGCAAGAAGGCCACCAACUGCCAAAAUGUGCCUUCGGGCAUCUCGUGUUAA